CCAGAUUCCCACCCUCGGCCCGCCGACCAACCCCAUGGCCGCCGCCGGCGACGACGCGCCCGCGGGGCUCUUCUCCGGCGUCUGGUCCCGCCUCCACGCCGCGGCCUCCGUCUGGCGUCGCCGGGGCCAGGCCUUCCGCGACGGAGAGGGGGAGGAGGAGGAGUCCACCGUGCGGUCGCGCCUGGCGAGGCGGGCGGCGGCGGCGCGCCGGGUCGGCCGGAAGCUCGCCUUCGUCUCCUUCAACCUCGAGGUGCUGGUGUUCAUCUACGCGUUCUGGAGGGCGAGGAGACGGAGUCUGACCUGGCGGCAGCCCAUCCAGGUGCUGCCCGUGCUCGCGGUCCCUGCUCUCGCUACGCUCAUCUACGCUGCCUACGUCCGCUUCACCAGAAUGCUUGACCUAAAGGACAAAAGAACACUUGAAAGACUUCAAGAGGACAAGCCGCAAACUGAGUGUGAACCAAGGGAUUCAGUUGACCUCAAGGACAAGGAAACGCUUGAAAGACUUCAAGAGGACAAGCAGCGAACUGAGUGUGAACCAGGGGAGUUUGACCGGGACAACCAAAACAAUGUCCAGAACUGUGAUGAUGUGGACGAUGCUAGUAAUUCUCUGGUUGGAACUGAUUCAGCAGCACAAACUGCUAAGCUUAUGAAACAUCGCCAGUCAAGCAUUAAGCAUAGAGAUGAUGAUGGAGCAGAUAUGGCUUGGGGUCAUAGCAAGGAUUUCCAAUCAGCACCCUCAGGUGGACUAAGGAUGAGAAGAUUGUCAAGUGCAAAAACAUACAUGACCAGCAGCAGUUUUAUAGAAAGAAGUGUGGAAAAGACACAGGAAAUGCCAUCUGUCUCUGCACAUUUAGAUCAGCAUGUCCAUGUCCCUAUUUCCACUGAAGAUACUAUUUCGUAUCAUUUUGAUGAUUGCCGCAGCAUGCAUGCUCAACCUGCAGAUACCCCUCAAGAAUUGUCUGAAGGAGAUGGUGACAAAGAAGGGUUUGAUGGAUUAUGGGACAUUGUGGAAACUCGUUCCAAUUCCAGCAAGGAGAAUCCCAUAUCUCCAGUUGGUUCUCAUAAUAAUUUUUAUGACGGAGACGAUUCACGCUCCCCUGCAUCUUCACCAGACGACUUUGUUGCUCAUAAUAGCUUAAAUGACUUCAGCCCUGACCUGUCUGGUCUGGUACUACCUGCAUCAGAAACCUUGAAAAUGUUGCAUCCCGAAGGUGUCAGGGAGGAAGCAUUGCUUGAUCCACACAAGUCAGAAGUGUUGCAUAUGUAUUCUUUGACUCCAAAGGAGAGCCCUACUCCCUAUGCAGUCAAUGACAAGGAACUGCCAAUCACUCCUGACAUGGGGACCUAUUCAGAGUUGCUUGGCGAGGGAGUCGAGGAGACAGAAUCGUCCAUAUUCCAUACACCAGAGGACAGUACGCCAUCCUUCAUCUCAGAGGAGGUUUUACUGUGUCCACCUGCAGUCAGUAAUAUCGAACAUUGCUUGGGGACUCCAGAGUUCUCUUUGUGCGGUCAAGAGACUGAAAAAAUUGAAGUUGUUGGAAGUGUCAGCUUUACUAAUGACAGUCCUGAGUUAAGCUUCUUAUCCUCUCCAGAAUUAGUUGUGGAGAGUGCUGAGGAUGCCAUUGAGAAAGAAUUAUGUGAGUUAAACUCAAAGGAGGAGAAUACUAUGCUCAUCAGUAUGGAGGAGGAACCUUUGCAAGGUCCACUUAUAGUCAGUACUGGUACUAGUGAACAAUGCCUGGAAACUUCAGAUGCCUCUUUAUGCAUUCAAGAUACCAAGGCGGGGGAAGUUUCUGGAAUUAUAAACUUUGUUACAGCCACUCCUGAAUUAAUGUAUACAGCGUCUCCGGAGUUACUUGCAGAAGGUGAUGAGGACUUGAAGGAGGAUAAAACGUCUGAUUUGCAUUUACCGGAGCAGAAUGGCCUACCUUUAAACAUUGAGAAAGAACCUAUUCUGGAUUCACUUGUAGCUGAUACUGCUGAGGAUGUCGAGAGAACAGAAGUUCAUGAUGUUGUCCAGGAAGGUUCUUUUGAAUCAGAAGACGAGGAAACAUUUAAUAAUCCAAAUCUUGUUGUCACUUCUUCAAUUGAUGAUAGUAAAAAUCAAAAUUUGAUAAGUGACUCAAUGCUUGUUCAAUUUAUUCCAAACACCGACAUAAAUGAAGCUCUUGAAGGUGGCUGGGAAGCAGUUUCUGAACCGCUACAUCAAGGCCCUCGCCAUUCUGAAGGAAUGUUCUUAUCUCCCGGGGAGAUCAAUAAUGACGAAGUCUAUUCUUUGACUCCAAUGGAGAGCCCUACAUUGUAUGCAGUCAAUGACAAGGAGCUGCCAAUCACUCCUGACAUGGAGAGCUAUCCAGAGUUCUUUGGCGAGGGAAUUGAAGAGAUAGUAUCGUCCAAGUUCCAUAUGCCAGAGGAGAGUACGACGCCCUUCAAUUUGGAGGAGGUUUUACCGUGCUCGCUUGCAGUCAGUAAUAUAGAAAAUUGCCCCGGGGCUCCAGAGUUCUCUGUAUCUGGUGAAGAAGAGACUGAUAAAAUGGAAGUUGCUGGAAGUGUCAGCUUUAUCAAUGUCAGUCCUGAGUUGAGCUUCUUAUCUUCUCCAGAGUUGGUUGUGGAGAGUGCUGAGGAUGCCACCGAGAAAGAAUUAUGUGAAUUAGAUACAAAGGAGGACAAUGCUAUACUCAUCAACAUGGAGGAGGAAGCUUUACAAGAUCCGCUUAUGGUCAGUGCCAGUACUGUUGAACAAUGCUUGGAAACUUCAGAUGUCUCUUUACGCAUUCAAGAUGCCAAUCCUAAAUCGAUGUACCCACCAUCUCCAGAGGUACUUGGAGAAUAUAAUGAAGAAUUCAAGGAGGAUCAAACGUCUGACUCGCACAUACUGGAGGAGAAUGGCCUACCUUUUAAUUUUGAAAAGGAACCUAUUCUGGAUUCACCUGUAGCUGAUACUGCUGAGGGCGUCGAGAUAACAGGGGUUCAUUAUGUUGUCAAGGAAGGUUUUUCUGAGUCAGAAGGCGAGGAAGCAUUUAACUAUCAAAAGCUUGCUGUCACAGAUUCGGAGGAUGAUAGUGACACUCAAAAUUUGAUUAUUGAUUCAAUGCCAGUGAAAUUCAUUCGAAACAGCGACCUAAAUGAAGUUCUUGAAGGUGGCCAGGAAGCAUUUUCUCAGCCACUAUGCCAAAGCACUCGCCAUUCUGAAGGAAUGUUCUUAUCUUCAGCGGAGAUCAAUAAUGAUGAAGUCUAUUCAAGCAACUCAAAUUCAUAUGCCAAUGUGGUGGAAGAUGCUGCACCCUCUGAAGGACUUUCUAAGUUUGAAGAUGAAAUGUCUAUUGCUUCUUUAGAUACUCCCAUCUGCCUGGAUGAGGUUAAAAGUGCAGCUAUUGUUGACAUUGAUAUAGUCAGUCCUAAACUGAGCCUUCAACCAGAGCUGCAUGAUGUGGGAGUUGAGGAGAAUGAAUUUUUCAAGUUCCAUGUACCAGAGGAAAUCAGAACACCCUUCAAUUUGGAGGAGCAAGUUUUGCUAUCCCCAGUUGCGGUCAAUAAUACUGAAUACUGCAGGGAGACUCAGGAGUUCUCUUUGUACAAUCAAGAGAAUGAGGAAAGGGAAGUUGUUGAAAGUGUCAGCUAUAUUAAGGUCAGUCCUGAGUCGAGCCUCUUAUCCUCUCCAGAGUUUGUUGGGGAGGGUGGUGAGGAUGCUAGGGAGAAAGAAGCACGCGAAUUAAACACAAAUGAGGAGAAUGAGACACUCAUCAAUUUGGAGGAGGAACCUUUACAAGCUGCGCCUGUGGUCAGUACUACUGAUCAGUGCUUGGAAACAUCAGAGUUUUCUUUAUCUAGUGAAGUUGCCAAGACAAUGGAUGUUCCAGAGAUUGUUAGCUUUGUUACAGUCAGUCCUGAAUUAAACUACUCUGCAUCUUCAGAGUUACUAUCAGAGGGGGACGGGGACUUACACGAGGAUGAAACGUCUGACUUGCACUUAAAGGAGCAUAAGGCCCUACCUUUUAAUUUGGAGGAGCCUUUUCUGGAUCCACUUGUAGUUGAUACUGCUGAAGAUGCGUUGGCUACAUCAGAACUUUUGAUAUGCAGUGAAGAGGUCAAGAUGACCGAAGUUCAUGGAGUCGUCGAGGAAGUUUUCUCUGAAUCAGAAGACGAGGCAGCAUGUGACCAUCCAAACCUUGUUCUCGCCUCUCCAGAUGAUGAUAGUACCGCUCAAAAUUUGACAAGUAAUUCAAUAUCUGCUCAGGUCAUUCCGGACACCAGUGUAAAGGAAGCUUCUCAAGCUGGUCAGGAAGCAUUGCCUGAGCCACCACAUGAAAGCAUUUGCCAUUCUGAAGGAACAUUCCUAUCUUCAGGUGAGGUCAAUCAUGAUAAAGUGACAGUUGAAGCACCAUUUGCUGGUGAGGGAGGACUUUCUAUGCCUGAAGAUGAAAUGGCUUUGACUUCUCUAGAGACUUCCAUCUUGCUUGAUGAGGUUAGAACUGCAGAAAAUUUGGCAGCCAACUCUGAACCUUCUCAGUCCAUCCCAGACACCAACGGAUUUCAAUCUCUUCACGACCAGGAACAAGCUCCAUCUGAAACACUGCAGGACACUAAUUUUCUUCUCGAGGGAAGCCACACAUCUUCAGAUGAGGGUAUAAACUCUGAAAUAUUUUCGCUGUAUUCCAGGUCAUCUUCAUGUGUUUCAGAGAUCAACAUGCUGGAAUCUCUCAGAAGUGGAACAUCUUCUGAACCGGACAAUGAUCGUGGUUUAAGCUUUGAUGAGAGGAACCGUGUGAUAUUUCAUAACAUGGACAGUACAGAAAAUAACACAAACAACCCAGUGACUGAUGAAUCUAUCCUGGAGACCAACAUGAUUGAAACUCUUAAUAUUGCUGAUGAAACAACUGCUGAUUCACCGCACGAAGUUUCUUCAAACUUUGUGGACUCUUUUGUAGCUCCAGAUGUAAUCAAUGGCAUGACACAAUCAGAUCAACACUUGGACUUAUCAUCCUCUUCAUUUGCUCCGGUGGUUGAUGCAUUUGAAACAUUGCAAAGUGGUCAGUUUUUUUCUGAGCCUCAACUCGAAAAUGAUGUUACGUUUGAGCAGACCCAAAUGUCCCCUAAGGAGGCUGAUGAUGCUGAAAACUAUUUCACCAAUACAAUUGACGAUCCUCAAGAUAGUGAGAGAACAUCAACUGUAGCUUUGGAAGAUGAAGAUGAUUUAACUCUUCAUAAGGCUUACAUGUCUCCUGAAGAUAUCAGUGAAGUCAAAAAUUCUUUGGCUGAUGAUUAUGCUUCAGAUCUUCCUCACAUGCCGGAGAACCAUUGCUUCAGCGAAAAAGUAUCACCUGAAUCUCAGGACCCCUUAAGUUCUGAGGAGAUUUUGGUUUGUCCAGAGGGUUUGAAAACUGAAAAUGAUUUAGACGGUGUAAAGUCAUCCUUGUAUUCUACAGAGGCCAACUUGGCAGAACCUUGUGGCAUUGCUCACGAAGGAACUCAGCAACAAGAUGAAACCAUGUUGGGUUUUGAGGAAGCCAGUUCUGAAUAUCACUAUGACAAUUCAGGGUCCCUAGAUAUUCCAGAUGUCACUGUGGCGGAGAGUCUUCAAGCCGCAGAGAGAUCAUCAUCUGAGAUACUUUACGAUGGCAUGUUCAGUUUCGAGGGGACAUUAAUAUCUCUAGAUGGCGAUGACAAUGCUGAGGAUUUUCCUAACAAUUCAGGUUCUGUUAUGCAUACUGCACAGACCGACACAACAAGUCUCCCUAGUCUUCAAGAAGGGUCUUUCAAGCCAGAAGAUGAAAAUCCAGUUAAUUCUAUCUCCCCAUAUGAGGUUGAUACUGAAGAAUCAAGUAGCUCAAAUCAUGGUAAUUCCAGCUCCGCUUCAUCUCGUCAUGACAUCAGCUUCAUGGAGGCUCCUCGGCCCCAGGAACUGCCUAUAGACGCUGGAAGGGAAAAAGUUCUGCUCAAGGAUAAGGAACCAAAAGACAGUAAAUCUGAGGUCAUGAAAGAGACUCUCGAAGAUUUGGAUGACGACCAUGAGAGGAAACCAGUAGUCACAAUCAGUCAUAGCACUGGGAGCAGUAUUGUAUCUGAACUAGCUGACUUGCAGUACACCCAGUCAGUUGAUGAUGAUACUGAAACUCUUAGUGCUCCUCUACCUUCAUCUGUUGCUACAGAUAUUUUGAAGCAGACCAAAUGAUAAGGCUGCAUGUGUUUCAGUAGAAUGGUCAACUACUGAGUAACCUCACAAGAGCAUCUAAAAGCUUGUGACUGGAGCUGGUUCUUUGUUCUUUUGUGUAAAGCUUCUAAUACUGGAGAUUGGAGAUUGUUCUUUAUUAGUUUCGUGUGCUCAGAGGACGAGGGAAAGAAGUCCAAUACAUGGAGUUUUUGUACAAAGUAAUACGGGAGUUCUCAAAAUCAUCAUCUUGAGGUGAAAAACUGGAAUCGCCUCUGGAUUGAGUUGCUUGCGCUUGGAGUGGAAAUGUCCUAAUUCUUGCCUUUUGCCGUCAAGAAUCGAGGAUUUGAUGAAAGAUAAGGCUCUUUCAUAGUUUUCUCUCUCUUUGUUUUUUAGUUUGGGUUGAAGUUGUAUAGCUCUGUAUAUCUGGGUAAAUAUACUGCCAUAAGUAGCCCAUGUAUAAUAUGUCAUAGUGUGAUAUUCUUUAGGCAGUGGUACUUUGCAUGAGUGCCUCAUUUGGUGCCUUUUUUUGUAUGAGUGAAGGGUAUUAAAGCAUUGCAAUUUUACAACAGAAGUUUCUGUUUUGAUUUUGAUAAUGAGUAAAAGCGAGAGAUUCUGCUAGUGCA